UCACCCAAACCAAGGAUAUAUGACAAGGGUGGAAUUUCGUAAGAACGAUAAUGACCUACACAAAUGUGAAGUUGAAGAAGUUCUUCGUUAUAAAACUCUCUCCUGCAGUGUUACAGUCACUGGGGUUACCAAAGACGAUAAAUUCAUGUGUCUUCUUACUGCAAGUAAAGCGCCAUGUAACGCUGCUCAAGUGAAUCUCACAGUCACUGAUGCGUUAGCUCCAAAAAUUUUACGUAUGUCGGUUCAAAUUAACCCACGAAAACUGGAAGUCUCGUGUAUUGGUUCUGGGAUACCUAAACCUGAUGUAAAGUGGUUAUUGAAUGGCUCAAGGAUCAAUUCCACGAGCACUUGGAAGGAGAGGAUGAGUGUUAAUGUUGAUACCAAGCCUAUCGAUAAUGUGAAUGGGGAAAAUGCUUUUUUUGUUAACUCAACAGUUGCUAUCGUUGGCAGAAAAUUUUCCUUAUGCAUUCAAUGCGUAGCCAUAAGUACGUUAGACAGAGUGUAUUCUAAAAAGGUGUUCGUACUAUAUGUCGAAGUUGUGAGUUUGAAAUUGACCGUUGCUUCCGUCCGUUGGGUUGGGCAUCCUGAUUUAAAUACAACGUCUACUAGCUACAAUGUUUCUUUGAAGAGUGAGAAACAACGUCACGAAAUCAUUAGAAGGUACCAUGAAUCAAGCGUUACAUUCGGCAACUUGACAAUGAGAGAAACAUACACCGUAAGCAUCGAAUCUGUAACGGAGAAAGGUGAUUCGGUAAUCGGCACCGUUCAGUUUUACUCGCCAGGUAAACUUGCAAAGCCAAACCAAAUUUUCCCAGCAAAGAUAUCGUCAGUUGCGGCGGAAAUUAGGUGGGAGAAGAUUCAGGCUGACGCGAAGUUUUACGGUGUUUUGUUGGGAUACAAAGUUUUUUUGUAUGGCAAGAACCGAGAGUUCAACGUAACUUUAUCCAAUGAUAGCAUUGAUUACACGCUACCAGCUUUAGUAAAAAAAUCGAAAUAUGCUGUUUGGGUUCGUGGUUUUACCCGGUAUGGCGAUGGAAAUACAUUGAAAUACAACUUUACAACAUUGGAUACAAUUCCUUCACCAACCAAUGUGGAUGUUACCAUUCUUUCGGUUGAUUCCGCUGUGGUUCAGUGGAAGAUUAUUGAGCAACAUGAAGAGUUCGAUGUCAUUACUGGUUACACUGUUACUCUAAGAAACGGAAAUCUUUCUUACGACACGAAAACGUCUAGCGAGAGUUCGUUCGUCGCCUUAAAUGAUCUUUCUCUAAAUACUAACUACACAGUCUCGGUUGCUGGGUUGAGCGGCGAAACGAAAGGGAGAUCCAGCAACUGGAUAAGUUUCACACACGUUGAUCCUAAAAGCGGAAAACGAAUUGGUGAAACCAUCACAGAACAGAACACGUCUUUGAUAAUUAUUAUCAUAGCUGUCGCCAUAACUUGUAUGACGGUUAUAUGUAUUCUGGUUAUAUUUGUUGUGCGAUCUCGAAGAAGAAACAGAAUGAUGAAAAAAAAUAAUGAGAUGGUUUUAAAUACUGUGAAAACUUCCUGCAAUAAUAAUCUUCGAAUCCUCUACCCAGAAUAUUACGAAGAAGAUGCAUCAAGUGUUUCUGAUGCUUUGCCACCAUGGGAACUCAAUCGUGAUCGUUUGGAUGUUUUGGACAACACAUUGGGAGGAGGUUAUUUUGGGCUUGUCAAAGAAGGCAUAUUGAGGAAAUCGUUUUCAAAUUAUGAUCAGCAUCAAGCCACACAAGUCGCCGUAAAGACGUUAAAAGUCAAUCGUGGACAAAACAAUUGGAAUGAAUUGCUGAGGGAAUUUGAUAUCCUAAAAUACGUGAGUGAAGAUGGACAUGAAAAUAUUAUUAAACUUAUUGGUGGAUGUACAAAAACAGUUCCAGUAUUAUUGAUCAUGGAGUUUUGCCCACGGGGAAAUCUUAAAGAUUUGCUACAAGGGAGUCGAACAAAUGAAGAACCGCACCAACAAUAUAUUAAUAUUUAUUCCUCACUCACUGAACGACAGCUCAUUAAUUUUGCAGUCGACAUAGCGAGAGGAAUGAAAUUCUUGUUCGAGAAAAAGGUCGUUCAUCGAGAUAUCGCAAGCCGCAACAUACUCUUGAAUGAACAGCUUGUUCCUAAGAUCGCUGAUUUUGGGCUGGCACGAAGAAUUGACGUCACUGCGCAGUACGUUAUAAACAAAAACAAAAUGCUACCUGUUAAAUGGAUGUCAAUAGAAGCUUUGGAAGAAAGCCGUUUCACUGCAGCUUCAGACAUAUGGUCCUAUGGUAUACUCUUAUGGGAGAUUUGCACGCUUGCUGAAGAGCCUUACCCAGACGUUUCACCCUAUGAUAUAUUGGAAUACCUACAUGAUGGUGAAAGAAUGGCCAAACCAGAACAUUGCAGCAACGAAAUAUUCUCGUUAAUGGCAAGAUGUUGGAAAGAAGUUCCUGAAGAGAGGCCAAGUUUUAGUGAAAUUUACAACUCCCUGCUGAAUAUGCUUAACUUAAAUAAGGUUGUCUACAUAAACGUAAAACCUUACAUGGAAGUGAUGGAAGCAAUUUUGCCAAAACAUGAAAACAUCGCUGGAGAUCCGACAUUGGGGGUGACGCAAUUUGACGAAAAUUCUUCAAGAGAUAGUGGAGUAUAUGACACUGCUUUUUAAUGAUACACUAAGUAUAGACUAAUAAUGCAAAUUUUAAAAACUGUGUCUGUCACAUCAUAAUUGCUGAUUAUCAAAUAAUCUAGCUAAAAGCAGGCAGUGCGGUUACUACAUAUCUGGAUUUUGUUUAUAAUAAAUCCCGUAUAACUAGAUGAGCACAUACAUUCAAUACUCGUAUCGUAUAUAUACGGUAUAUGAAUUAUAGUGAUUUUGUAAAACUCAGUGCAAACUGUCUAUAUACUUUAUUAUAUCGACUAGGGCCGCACGAAGAAUUUGAGAAAACCCGGGUGAAAUUUUUGUCAAAAAAUAGCAUAGUUGUUUUUUGAAACAAAACAAUCACAUCACAUGCUAUUGUUAGGAUGAUUACACGACUACCAGAAUUGUGUUAUUUACUUAUUUCAAUACCUCAAAGUCCAUUUUACGCUUCGUUAAAUUUUGGUAACCGGGCUUAUGUAGACAGCCCCUAAGCUUCGUUUAGUUAUUUAGUGGUUAACAAGCAAUAACAAGUCAUUUUAACCGAUGGGAAAUAGUAUCACAUGAGCCACCUGACAUGCUCACAACACGCACAAUUAAAUGGAAACCAGACAGUACUAUGAGGAGUAACACAUAUCUGUGAUUUGUGAUCGCUUGAACAAAAUUAAAAUGUCUAAUACAGACUCUAUAGACAAAGAUGUGAUACGCGAGACUUUUUAAGU